CCCUCCCACUCCAUCUCUCUCCACAUUAAACGAUUCUCCAGGAGGCUCCAAAACUAUUACGCCAACCCCACCUCUCUCUCUCUCUCUUCUUUAUCUCUCUAACUCAAACGUGCCCAUCUUGAAAAAACCGAAAGGAAAUAUCUCUCAACCUGUUCACUUUUCCUCAACUGAUGAAAGGAAAAAGGAGCGACUCAUAGCUUAUAAAUCAGGCACCAGCUCUUCCCUCUUCUCCCUCUGCAUAUCCCUCUCUCUCUCUCUCUACAAUGGCAUCUGAGAAAGUGGAAACCGUUAUUGCUGGAAGUUAUAUGGAGAUGGAGACCGAGGAGAAACCCAAAACAUUGGAAGGAAGACUGUCAAGGCUCUUUUGGCAUGGUGGUUCAGUUUAUGAUGCCUGGUUCAGCUGCUCUUCUAAUCAGGUUGCCCAGGUGUUGCUGACAUUGCCAUACUCCUUCUCUCAAUUGGGUAUGGCCUCAGGUAUAGCAUUUCAGCUCUUCUAUGGUUUGAUGGGCAGUUGGACUGCGUACCUCAUCAGUGUUUUGUACGUGGAGUACAGAACCAGAAAAGAAAGGGAAAAAAUCGACUUUCGAAACCAUGUAAUUCAGUGGUUCGAAGUUCUGGAUGGGUUAUUGGGCAAGCAUUGGAGAAACAUUGGCCUGCUCUUCAACUGCACUUUUCUCCUCUUUGGAUCAGUGAUUCAACUUAUUGCUUGUGCAAGCAAUAUAUAUUACAUAAAUGAUAACCUGGACAAGAGAACGUGGACUUAUAUCUUUGGGGCAUGUUGUGCCACUACGGUUUUCAUCCCUUCAUUCCACAAUUAUAGAAUAUGGUCUUUCUUGGGUCUUAUGAUGACCACUUACACAGCUUGGUAUUUGACGGCUGCCGCAUUAAUCCAUGGACAGGUCGAUGGAGUGAUACAUUCGGGUCCGAGUAAACUUGUGCUCUAUUUCACGGGGGCAACCAACAUUCUCUACACGUUUGGUGGACACGCAGUGACAGUAGAGAUAAUGCAUGCGAUGUGGAAGCCUCAAAAGUUCAAGUCAAUAUACCUGCUGGCUACGCUGUACGUUCUGACGCUGACACUUCCGUCUGCGGCCGCAGUUUACUGGGCAUUUGGGGAUAUGCUCCUCAACCAUUCCAACGCUUUCUCUCUCCUCCCCAGGUCACCUUUUCGAGACACCGCUGUUAUCCUCAUGCUCAUCCAUCAGUUUAUAACAUUUGGAUUUGCUUGCACCCCACUAUACUUGGUGUGGGAGAAAGCCAUUGGCAUGCACGAGACAAAGAGUGUGUUAAGGCGAGCUUUGGCCAGGCUCCCCGUGGUCAUACCCAUCUGGUUUUUGGCCAUAAUGUUCCCCUUCUUUGGCCCCAUAAACUCAACUGUUGGCUCUCUCUUGGUUAGCUUCACCGUCUACAUCAUACCGGCCGUUGCUCACAUGCUAACUUUUCGAACUGCUUCGUCAAGAGAGAAUGCGGUGGAGCGGCCCCCACGCUUCGUUGGUGGGUGGACAGGAACCUACUCAAUAAACAUGUUUGUAGUUGGUUGGGUGUUCAUAGUAGGGUUUGGGUUCGGUGGAUGGGCGAGUAUGCUCAAUUUUAUACGCCAAGUGGACUCAUUUGGGUUAUUUACAAAGUGCUACCAAUGCCCUCCCCCCAAGAAUCUUCCCCCUUCAAAUUCCACUUUCUCACCCUCUCACAAGUCUUGAUCCCAAGGUUUUUCUUACAAGGACAGAUUUAUAUUAAUUGUAUAUUGAUGGCUUUUUAUGAUCUAAUUAUAGGUGAAAUUUAGAGGUUUUUUUGGUUUUGGUUUGCUCAAUAUGCUUGGCCACUUCAUGUGAAAUCAACUGGUGAAAUUUGGGGCCAAGUUUAAGAUCUCUCUCUCUCAAUCAAUUGAUGAAAAUUCGGGG